AUGUAUUAUAAUAGGGUAUCUAAAAUAGAGCUUCAAUCAUCCAAAAAAAAUAAGGAAGGUCACACUGAAUAUCUUAUAAACGCAUUUUAUUAGGAUCUUUUGAAUCCCAUUUAGUUUAAAUCAAGAUAUAGCACGUUACUUGAGCUUCAUAAAGCUCUCAUUCCACUAAAUAAAAAAGAUAGUCUUCCAUAAUUCCCAGGCAAAAAUUUAUUUGGAACAAAAUCAUAGGAUUUAAUAUUGAAGAGGCUUAGUGACAUCAAUGAGUAUUUUGAUAACCUGCUAAGACUCCCUCAAUUAGGUGGUUAUAGCAUUAUAAUUUAUUUUAUUAAUAAUAAGAGUGUGGUAAAAAAGGAAUUAUGCUGGCGAUUAUAAGUAAGGAAUAGAAUUGAACUAUUUAAGUAUUAUUUUAAGGAGAAAAAACCAAUAUCGAAUACAUUAAAUUAGAAAGUGUACAAGCUCAUUAAAAAUAACCAGCCUUUUGUACUAAAAAAAUAUGGUUUAGAUGAUGAAAUAAAUAAGAAGGACCCUUCUAGUUUAUAAAGCUGGAGAGUAACUGUUGAUUAAUUUAGUAAUAGAGUAAGUAAAAUCAAAAGUGAUAAAUAUUUAUCAAUGAUUGAAUAACUGUUUAUAAAUAGUGAUCCAUAUCGAAAAUGCAAUUGUAAAUCAAAAGAAUUCUACACUAAACUGUGGAUCGUUAGUCCUUACUAUGAGAGCACUCUAGAAUCUGAGAUAGAUCUCAGAUAUAAGAACAAAAAAAGCUUUUCUAGUAAUGAAAUAAUGGAUAUAUUUAGAAAUAUAAUGAAAGGAUUAGAGGAGUUGUACAUAAAUUAAUUAUAUCAUAGAAACUUAAAACCAUCAAAUGUCGGUAUACUUAAAUAGAAUUAGAAAUUUGUAUAUCAGUUGAUGGAUUACCACGAUUUGCUUUUACGUAAAAAAGAAAAAUCAAUGGCUUAAGGAAAUGCGAACUCAAAUAGGUACUCUAUUAAUCUUGCAUAUAAGUCGCCUAAAAGAAUCUCACAAAUAAGACUCACAGACAAUUCAAAAAAUAGUGAUGAAGAUUAUAAAAAUUUUGAUAUGUAUGCACUUGGAAUAAUCUUGCUAUAGCUCUGUUUGGUUCUACCUACAUCAGAAUUGCAGGGCUUUUAAGAAAUAUCCCAAUUAAGAGAUGAUAUGAUUAACAAUUAGUUGUAGCAAAUAAAAUAAAAAUACGACGAAUCGCUUUAUUAAUACAUAUGUGUCCUAUUAAAUAAAUCUACUCUCAGUGUAUUUUCGAACUAGGAUAAAUAUUAAUUGUAAAAACUGUCUAUUUUUGAUAUUGUUUAUAGUAAGCUCUUUAACAAUCAUCAGAGUGAUAUAAAUUAAAACGCAACUUAAAAUUCUCCUCAAGUUUCUCCUCCUAAAAAUAACGAAAAUAAUAUAUCAUCGACAAAGGCUCUUUCAGAGUAAAGUACUACUUGUGGUAGUAGUUCUCAAGACAUAGAAAAUUAGUAGAAAUAAGCUGAUUAAGAAAUUUAGUAAGAAAAAUAAGGAAUAUUAGAAUAUGCUGAUGAGUGCUUUAUCUUAAAGUUUCAAUAAAACACAGAAAAUUUAAUUUAGUAAAAGAAAACACAACAUAUCUUGAGAAUUCUUUUAUCAGAAUGCAAUUUAAACAACGAAUAAAUAAAGGAGCAAUUGUAAUGUAUAAAAGAACCAUCCAAUUUUAAAGGGUAUGCUUCAAUUUGUUUAGCGAAAAACUAAAUAACUAACAGCUUGGGAAUAAUCUUAAAAGAUUUUUUAUUAUCUCUUGAGAAUAUAGACUCAAUUUCCAUUGACCUAAAGGAAUCUUAAAAUAUAUCCGCACAUUUAAUUCUAAAUAUUUUGGAAUCAAUAGAGGAAAGAAAAUAGAUCACCGUAUUACUAAUUGACAUUUCAAAAUGUCCAUAAAUAACCUCUGAAUGUAUAAACUCUAUUAUUAUCAAAGCUUCAUAAAUUUCUCACCUACUUCUAUUCAGCCUUUACUUUUUCAAGUAAUUAAAUAAUAUUUUAAAAAAAGUUAUAUUUAUCUUUAUUUAAAUUUAGUUCAAAUCUUAACGAAGAAACUCUGUUAUAACUAGAAAUGCAAUCCUAAUAAUUUAAAUCUUAACCAUUAAUUAAAUUCAUGUACACAUUUUGAGCUCUAAAAGCUAUAAUAUAAUUAAUUAAAAAUUCUAACAAAUUUAUUAAUAUAAAAUCUAAUUCUAAAUACAUAAUCUACCAAAAAAAGUAAAAAAGAUAUUCUAUUUUAAAAACUUACUUUAUUUAGUAUUGUAUGAAAAUUAUCUGCAUCUAUGUAACAUAAUUAUCAAAUUUUAUAAAAAAAUAGCCUUAUUCAUUUUAUUUUUCAAUUUAUAUUUAUUAAAAAAAUUUCCUAUUUUAAAUUAGAUUUUUUAUUUAAUUAAUUAAAUUAUUUCCCUUUUAAUUAAAUAAGUUUCUUAAAGGAAAUGA